CCUCGUGAAAACGAACACGCCUUAUGGCAUGCUUUGUUUUGAGUGAAUAUUUUCUUUUUAACGUCAAGCGAUAUGGACGAGAACGCAUUAACGUGAGCGCAUAUUAUUCUUACAUAUUCACUUCAUUGAUACUUUUUCGCUUUGUUUUAUCCAGCCAGCUGUGAGCGUGCUUGGUCGGUCAUGUCCAGAUGUUGAUAUCAAACAGAUUGAUAAUCCACGGGAUUAAAUGUUCAUAUGAAGUACUGUAUACAGUACUAGCGUCAUCCUGCUCGCUAUGAAACGCGUUCUUUUCUUUUUGGCGUCUUUACUGCUGGCGGAGGGUUCAAGGAGAUUCAUUAGAGAUGUCCUGGACGACGAGUACGACCAGCUCAGCUCAAUGCUGUCAGACUUUGAUGUCCUUCAGCUGUCCGGUCUUGAACAACAUUCAGUUCACAAGAGAGAUGUCCAGUUGCAUACACAUGCAGAGAGGCUUCUCAGUUUUACUGCAUUACAGAGGCAUUUUAAAUUGUACCUGACAACCAACACAGAGCUUUUCACCCAUGACUUUAAUGCUGUGGUUAUAAAGGAGGAUGGCACGGAGGAGACGUUUGAGGUCCAAAGAGAAAACUUCUUCACUGGUCAUGUCAUUGGAGAGGUGAAUUCUCGUGUACAGGCACAUAUCGGUGACAAGGAUUUCUCUGCUCAUAUCCUAACCGAUGAAGCGGAAUAUAACAUCGAGCCUCUAUGGAGGUUUAUUCAAGACCCUCGGGAUGGUCGGCUGCUCAUAUAUCGUUCAGAAGACAUCAGGAACGUGACCCGACUGGCGGCUCCUAAAGUGUGCGGCUACGUCAACGCAAAUGCCAGCGAGGUGAUGCCAGAGAGUGUGCGGGGAGCCAUUACGCUAUAUGAAGAUUAUGAGGAAGAUGUGCACUUGAGAGAGAGAAGACAAACCUUGGACCAUAGCAAAAACACAUGCCCUCUGCUACUCGUGGCAGACUAUCGCUUUUUUAAACACAUGGGCCGUAAGGAGGAGAGCACCACCCUGAACUAUCUGAUUGAGCUGAUUGAUCGUGUGGAUGACAUUUACCGGAAUACAUCAUGGGAUGAGGAAUAUAAAGGUUAUGGAGUUCAGAUUCAGCAGAUUAUAAUUAAUAGAGCACCCACUCGAGUAGAGCCGGGAGAUGCACACUUUAACAUGAAAGGGACGCCUGUGAAGAACAAAGAUGUUUGGGAUGUCAAGAAGCUGCUGGAGCAAUUUAGUAUCGACAUGGCAGACAACGCAUCAAAGGUGUGCUUGGCUCAUCUAUUCACAUACCAGGAUUUUGAUGAAGGCACAUUAGGCCUGGCCUACGUGGCUCCAAUUAGGUCUGGUUUUCCUGGUGGUCUUUGCUCUGAGAAGUGCCCUCCUUCCGGAAAUGAAAACCGGGUUGUAUACCUGAACACUGGACUAACCAGCACCAAAAAUUAUGGAAAAACCAUUCUAACCAAGGAAGCAGACCUGGUCACCACUCAUGAGCUCGGUCACAACUUUGGUGCAGUGCACGACACCGAUGAGUGCGCGCCCGGAGAGGACCAGGGGGGAAAAUACGUCAUGUACCCCAUCGCUGUGAGCGGCGACCACUACAAUAAUAAAUUGUUUUCAAACUGUAGUAAGAUCGCCAUAGCGAAGAGGCUGAGGUCCAAGGCCUCCACCUGCUUCAGAGAGAGGAACAUUAAUGUGUGCGGAAACUCUCGGGUGGAGGAAGGGGAGGAAUGCGAUCCUGGACUGCUUUACCUCAACAAUGACGCCUGCUGCACCGCAACCUGCAAGCUGCGGCCCACGGCCGUGUGCAGUGACAGAAACAGCGCAUGCUGCAAAAACUGCAAGUUUGAGAAGCGUGGCAAGGUGUGUCAGGAGCCAAUGGAAGCCACGUGCAAGGGCAGAUCUUACUGCACAGGAUUUAGCAGUGAAUGCCCUCCUCCAGAGAACCUCCCUAAUAAGACCGUGUGUGUAGACAGUGGCCAAUGUAUGAAUGGAGAAUGUAUCCCAUUCUGUGAAGCUGUAAUGAACCUGCAGUCAUGCGCUUGCAAUGAGACAAAAAAUUCUUGUAAGGUGUGCUGUAGGGAUAAGAGCACUGUGUGUUCUCCUUAUGUUGAUGAGAAGGGCAACCCGUUGUUUCUUCGCAAAGGCAAACCAUGUACUGUGGGCUUUUGUAAUGAAGAAGGCAAAUGCAUGAAACAAGUUCAGGAUGUUAUUGAGAGAUUGUGGGAUUUCAUUGAGAAGCUUGACAUUAAUACUUUUGGGAAGUUUUUGGCUGAUAACAUUGUCGGCUCAGUUGUGGUCUUCUCACUUCUCUUCUGGAUCCCUCUCAGUAUUCUGGUCCACUGUGUGGAUAAGAAACUUGACCAGCAGUAUGAAUUGAACACAAAGUCACUCUUUUACCCCAGUAACGCCGAGCUGCUGAGCAGUCUGGAUUUAGCCUCAGUGAGGAUCUUCAAGCCACCUACUUCCCCGGGCAUCUCCGCAAUGCCACGGUUUCAUGCAUCCGUCCCUCUGCAGACCAGCACUUCACCUGUCUCCCUCUCCCAGGUGGCACCGGCACCUUCGCUUGGUCCUCCUUCCGCCACAGAUCACCAUCGCAUGGCUACUAUCCAAGAAGAUCCCAGCUACGAUUCCCACCUUGAUGAACAAGCACUGGUAGCGGACUUUCCUACCUCCGGCUCUGCCUCUCGCUCGUUUGAUGACCUGACGGAAAACAGGGAAAAUGCAAUGUCCUUCAUGGUGAGGAGAUUUCCACGGACUAACAGUAAGGAGACUGAAUGUUGAGCUAUGGAUUGUAUAAAAUGAUACAGAAAGAAAUGAAUGGGAAAGAGGAAUGUGAGUGUAUGAAUGAAGAGUUAGAGUAUAUAAUUGGGAAUGCUCAAAGCUGAGCAGAACAAGCACUGCAUGUAAGCAUUGGGAGUUUAUUAUGUGCUUACAAUUUCAGUAUUGAAAAUUCCCAGCGUGCAGUAUGUUUUAAGAACGCUGGAUUUUUAUAAAGCAACAAAAAACUAGCUAUUUAGUUUGUUAAUCUUGUAUUACACACACACACACACACACAAGCACACACAGGAUCUGAAAAGGGUUAUUUACAUGUAAAAGUCCAGCAAUAUUUGUUAAAAGGCUUAAAGUCAAAAAUGUCCCUAUUUAUUUUCUUAGUGCUUGGUCUUGUUGUUCGGAUUAAUCCAUGAAUUUAUUUUUUAUGUUAUUGAUUUCUUAAUCAAAUUGUCACAUUGUCCUCUUCCUGUUAUAUGACUGUCUUCUCUCUGCUGACACAUUCAAUGUCACUGUGCAUUUAAAGGAGUAGUCCACUUUAUAGAUGGGGCCCAUUGACUUACCAUAGUAUUUUUUUCCUACUAUAAAAAGUCAAUGGACCCCAUCUUUAAAGUGGACUACUCCUUUAAGUCAAUUGCAUUAAGCUCUGCCUGCAUUCUGCUGUGCAACACAAACUUUAUCCAGUUCUGUCCUUUAUUUUUAGUUUCUCAUUUAAUAGGCAUUCUCACUUUGUAUGUACAAUUCGACAUACAGAAGAUGGUAAACAUUUUCAUUUUAAGCUGACAACCCAGUACUUCGAUGUUUACGGGUCUUUUUUGCUAGAGGGAUUGAGCAGAUACAUGCUCAUAGAUCUUGAAACCUGUUAUAAUUUCCACGUAUAUGCUCUGACAUUCACCAGCAAAUGUUUUAUAUCCUCUGUAGACCAUCACUUUGAGCUCUUUAUAUGGUUUGCAAAGACAAUCGCACUUAUUUGGAGAGGCAUUUGAUAUUAUUAGAUUUUAGUAGUUUAGUUUAGCUUAAGCACUUUUGUUUGUACUGUGCUUAAAUGUCGGUGUGUACCUGUUACUUACGUGUUGUACCAGCAGUUAUUGAAAGUAUUGCUGGUGUACAUGAUACAAUUUUAUACUCUUUUGUAAACACCAAAGUCAUUUUUUAAAGGGACACUCCACAUUUUUAGAAAAUAUGCUAAUUUUCUCAUCUCCCAUAGAGUUAAAGCAACACCAAAUAUUUUUUUACCUUAAAAUAACGUUUCCAAAAAAGUUUCAGUUGUUCAUCCACUCGAAACAGGGUGAACGGCACUUUCACAUUCGCUUUGCAGCCCUCUAUCGGCCAAAACCGCACUAAAGAAGUUUCCAACCGUUGGGUAGCGGUCCUGUAGUUCGAGUGAAAACUACAAAAACUUGCUUUACGACAGACCUACAAUCCAAUCAGAGCCAGCUAUGCUGCAGUAUUUACGACAGUGGUAAUGAACAAUUACGCUUCUAACCUGUAGGGGGAGCAAAGAGCAAAAACUCUUUGGUGUUGCUUUAAACAUUUGAUUCUUACCGUUUUGGAAUCCAUUCAGCUGAUUUCCGGGUCUGGCACUUUUAGCAUAGUUUAGCACAAUCCAUUGAAUCUGAUUAGACCAUUAGCAUUGCGCUAAAAAAAUAACCAAACAGUUUCGAUAUUUCUCCUAUUUAAAACUUGACUCUUCUGUAGUUACAUCGUGUUCUAAGACCAACGGAAAAGCCAUGUUACAGCAGGAAAGUUUUAAAUAGGAAAAAUACCGAAACUCUUUGGUUAUUUUUAGCGCAAGGCUCCAGACUGCCACUCGCACAUGUGCGACCAGUAAAUUUGACCUUUUUUUGUGAUGUGACACUGAAUUUAAAACAGCACAUUGUACUUUCUCCAUCUAUCAUUAAAGUAUUUAUAAGUAAUACAGUGGAAAUUAUUAGAAAUGUGAAUAUUUGGUUAACAUGUUGAUUUACAGUGUGUGCCCCAACAUUUUCUGAUUGCGCCCUUAAAAUUUUCGUUUGGGGCCAGUGAAAAAAGUUAGUCUGGAGCCCUGUAGCGCAAUGCUAAUGGUCUAAUCAGAUUCAAUGGAUUAUGCUAAGCUAUGCUAAAAGUGGUAGCGCCAGACCCGGAGUACAGCUGAAUGGAUUCCAAAACGGUAAAAAUCAAAUGUUAAACUCUAGGGGAGCUGGAAAAUUUGCAUAUUUUCAAAAAAAGUGAAGUGUCCCUUUAACUUAAGAGACAAUCGAUUUUAUCUCAUCCUUGUGUGCAUUAUGAUGUUUAUGACUGUAUGCAAAAAUUUGUAUUUUACAGCUGCUCCUGAAAGAAUGUGUAUUGAUAUUGAACAUCGUGCUGAAUUGUAACCAAAGUGCCUUUGUUUUUGUUCAAAUUGUCAUUUUUUCCCCACGUGUUCUGUAAAGUAAUAUUUUACAGUAAGGCUCAAAAAGGGACUAACGGUGUCUAUUGUAUGUGGCCAAAUACUCAUCCUCUUUGUAUUGUAUCCAUCUGUGUAACCAUUGGGAAUAUAUGAAGAGUUGAGAUGCAAAAACCGACAUCUACGAGAUAAUGAAAUUGACAGGUGCAGACGGUUUCACUGGCAACAAUAUAAACAAAGGUUUUUUGUGGACCGCAUUUAAGUUCCGUUAUACUUUCACAUAGAAUCAGUAACAACAGAGCGCUUCUAGAGUAGACGAUUUCUGUUAACAAGCCAAAUAAAUAACCAGUAAGAGUUCAUAUCUUAGCUAAAGCAUAUUAGCAUUACACUGAGCUUAUGUUACUGUGCAAAAUAAAUGUUUACAAUGUAGAUCCUUGAAAUCUUGCCUGGCUGCCAAAUCCACACAGUAUGAUCCAUGCUCAUGGUCUCUACUCAUAUUUUGGAACCAAAACAUUUUUAUUUUAAAAAGGAUUUUUUCCUGGAGGUCAGUUUAGCCAGACCGAUAAACAAGCACAGACCAGAAGUUAACUUCGGGCCAGAAGCGCAACCACGGCAAAGGAUGUGCAUCCGAUGAAACAGUCGAUAUUUUUGAAUUUUUAUUUACUCGGUUAAAGGAGGUUUACAGCAUAUUUAAGGAUAUUGACCAAAUAUUUGAGCAUUUUUAAUCUUGAUUCAGAAAACACAGUGAAGAGUGACUGGAGACUUUUUAAAAGUGGACUUAAAGGGUUUUGCAGUGAAAGUCAGUGAAAUUUGUUUAAUAUCAAUGAAUAACUAAA